AUGGGAAAUGGUUCCGUGAAACCCAAACAUUCCAAGAAUCCAGAUGGCCACUCCGGGAACCUCACUACCAGCGCCCUCCGGAGCAAGGUGACAGAGCUGGAGAGAGAGCUGAGGAGGAAGGAUGCCGAGAUCCAGGAGCGGGAGUACCAUUUGAAGGAGCUACGGGAGCAGCUGUCCAAGCAGACUGUGGCCAUUGCAGAGCUCACGGAGGAGCUCCAGAACAAGUGCAUCCAGCUGAACAAGCUUCAGGAUGUGGUACACAUGCAGGGGGGAAGCCCGCCGCAGGCGUCUCCAGAUAAAGUGCCUCCUGAGGUCCACCGCAAGACCUCGGGAUUGGUCUCCCUCCAUAGCAGGAGGGGAGCGAAGGCUGGUGUGUCUGCUGAGCCCACCACCCGAACCUAUGACCUCAACAAACCCCCUGAAUUUUCCUUUGAGAAAGCGAGAGUCAGAAAGGACUCCAGUGAGAAGAAGCUCAUUACAGAUGCCCUUAAUAAAAAUCAAUUUCUGAAGAGACUGGAUCCUCAGCAGAUCAAAGACAUGGUGGAAUGCAUGUAUGGGAGAAACUACCAGCAAGGGAGUUACAUUAUUAAGCAAGGAGAACCAGGAAAUCAUAUCUUUGUACUGGCAGAGGGUCGACUAGAGGUGUUCCAAGGGGAGAAAUGGCUAUCAUCCAUUCCUAUGUGGACGACGUUUGGGGAACUAGCCAUUUUAUACAACUGUACAAGAACUGCCUCUGUGAAAGCUAUUACCAAUGUUAAAACAUGGGCACUAGAUCGAGAGGUGUUCCAGAAUAUAAUGAGAAGGACAGCUCAAGCUAGAGAUGAACAGUACAGAAACUUCCUCAGAAGCGUAUCCUUGCUGAAGAAUUUACCUGAAGAUAAAUUAACUAAGAUCAUUGACUGUUUGGAAGUGGAAUACUAUGACAAAGGAGAUUACAUCAUUAGAGAGGGCGAGGAAGGAAGUACCUUUUUCAUUUUAGCAAAAGGAAAGGUAAAAGUCACCCAGAGUACUGAGGGCCAUGAUCAACCACAACUGAUAAAAACUCUGCAGAAAGGAGAAUAUUUUGGAGAAAAAGCUCUUAUCAGUGAAGAUGUCAGAUCAGCUAACAUUAUUGCUGAAGAAAAUGAUGUUGCGUGCCUGGUUAUGGAUCGUGAAACAUUCAACCAAACAGUCGGGACUUUUGAAGAACUCCAAAAAUACCUGGAAGGGUAUGUGGCAAACCUGAACCGUGAUGAUGAAAAAAGACAUGCGAAGAGAUCCAUGUCUAGCUGGAAGCUGUCCAAAGCACUCUCUUUGGAGAUGAUUCAGCUGAAGGAGAAAGUGGCCAAAUUUUCCUCAUCAUCCCCAUUCCAGAACCUUGAGAUUAUCGCAACACUGGGCGUUGGUGGGUUCGGAAGAGUUGAGCUUGUUAAGGUAAAAAAUGAGAAUGUUGCUUUUGCAAUGAAGUGUAUAAAGAAAAGGCACAUAGUUGACACGAAGCAGCAGGAGCACGUCUACGCAGAAAAGAGGAUCCUGGAAGAGCUGUGCUCCCCCUUCGUCGUGAAAUUAUAUCGCACUUUCAAGGACAAUAAGUAUGUAUACAUGCUUCUGGAGGCCUGCUUAGGUGGGGAGCUAUGGAGUAUAUUAAGAGACAGAGGCAGCUUUGAUGAACCCACCUCCAAGUUCUGCGUUGCUUGUGUGACAGAAGCAUUCGAUUACCUGCAUCGACUAGGUAUUGUCUACAGAGACCUGAAACCAGAAAACUUAAUUCUAGAUGCUGAGGGCUAUCUUAAAUUGGUUGACUUUGGAUUUGCUAAGAAAAUAGGAUCUGGACAGAAAACAUGGACGUUCUGUGGAACUCCCGAGUACGUAGCUCCUGAAGUCAUUCUCAACAAAGGACAUGACUUCAGUGUGGAUUUUUGGUCCCUGGGAAUUCUAGUGUAUGAACUCCUCACGGGCAACCCACCCUUUUCUGGGAUUGACCAAAUGAUGACCUACAAUUUGAUUCUCAAAGGAAUUGAAAAAAUGGAUUUUCCCAGAAAGAUAACCAGACGACCUGAGGAUUUGAUUCGGAGGCUUUGCAGGCAAAAUCCAACAGAAAGACUAGGAAAUCUGAAGAAUGGAAUCAAUGACAUUAAGAAACACAGGUGGUUAAAUGGUUUUAAUUGGGAAGGACUGAAAGCACGGAACCUUCCAUCACCUUUACAAAGAGAGCUAAGUGGACCCACAGAUCACAGCUACUUUGACAAGUAUCCUCCCGAGAAGGGGGUGCCUCCUGAUGAGCUGUCAGGCUGGGAUAAAGACUUCUGA